UAUAUUUCUCUUUGAGGAGCCAAAAAGUAGGCAGCUCAUGACUUCUGAUCAGGACACUAAUGUUGUGGCUGAACCGCAGGUACAGCAAGUACAAGAAGUUAAGGACAGUUCUCAUCUGGAGCCAGCCAAGGUUUCUGAAUUAAAUCCUAAUGCAAAAGUGUGGGGGAAUCACAUGGUACAAGUGGAAGCAAGUGGUACUGAAGGUGGUGUGAGCAAAACCUGGGAAGAAAUAACAGAUCAUCCACCAGAUUCCUCUAAAAAAGCAUUAGAGGCCAAUGGUGAUGGUGACAAAAAGAGCCAGAAUGAAUCAUUAACAGAAGAUCAAGAACCAUCACUAUCUGUUCCUUUAUCAGACCAAACAGAUAUGAACCCUUUGGCUCUAGAUCAUGCAGAAUACAAAACUAUACAUGAAAACGCUGAGACAGGAAGUAAAGAAGACUUUAAGCCAGAAGGUCAAGGAGAUUUACGAGAAGUGCUUAAAAACACACUGGAGUUCUGCUUAUCAAGAGAGAAUCUUGCCAGUGACAUGUACCUUAUAUCUCAGAUGGACAGUGAUCAGUAUGUGCCAAUAAUGACGGUAGCUAAUCUUGAUCAUGUCAGGAAGCUGAGCACAGAUAGGGAUUUGAUUGUUGAAGUGCUGCGAUCAUUGCCUUUAGUCCAAGUUGAUGAGAAAGGUGAAAAAGUCAGGCCAAACCAAAAUCGCUGCAUUGUAAUUUUACGUGAGGUACCCGAAUCUACUCCAAUUGAUGAGGUUGAAGCACUCUUCAAAGGUGAGAACCUGCCCAAGUUCAUCAACUGUGAGUUUGCCUAUAAUGACAACUGGUUUAUUACAUUCGAGUCUGAAGCAGAUGCGCAACAGGCUUACAGAUACCUUAGAGAAGAAGUGAAAUUUUUCCAAGGAAAACCAGUUAAGGCAAGAAUAAAAGCAAAAGCAAUAGCUAUAAAUACAUUUUUGCCAAAGAAUGGAUAUAGACCUCUGGAUAUGAAUAUCUACACACAACAGCAUUAUACAACAUCAUUGUACUUACCUCCAGUAUACAGUCCCCAGCAGCAAUUUCCACUGUAUAGCUUCAUUGCACCACAGACUUGGUCUACAACACACAGCUAUCUUGAUCCAUCACUGGUCACAGCAUUUCCAAAUACUGGAUUUAUCAAUGGAUUUACAGCUCCUUCUUUCAAGCCAACUGCUUCUCAACUGACUUCCCUCAGGCAGUAUUCUCCAAGAAACAGAAAUCCCAGCAAAUCACAUCUACAACAUACAAUUUCUACUGCAGACAGAGGGACUGGAUUGCUAGAGUGUCCUACAAUAUUCAAUCUUUCUGCUGACCAAUUAAUCAACAGACAACCAGGACAAAACAGAACACGGAUGCAAAGUACUACAAGCUACACGAAACGAGAAGUAGGGAGCGGGCGAGUAGAAUCCACAGCUUCAGAUUCAUCCCCCAGCUUAGGCAGAGGAAGAAAAAACUCUUAUGGCUAUAGAAAAAAGAGAGAUGACAAGUUCACGGUGAGUAUGUGAUGUCUAGUUGUUCACUUGAGGCUAGAAGAUUCUUGACUAACACAGCCUCAAUGUGGAAUGAUUUGAAGUGAUGUUAUACAGCAACUAAGCAAUAAAAACAUAUAUUCUAAGUAACUCCAAAUUGUCAUGAGGUAAAUGCCAAGGUUGCUGCUGACUCAAAUUUGCAUCAGACGUUCAAGUUGUUAAAGCAAUUUUACAAAAAUCUCCUCUUCCUCCUCCUCCUCUUCCUUCUCCUUUGGAAUUCCUUUUCUGACCAAAAUGAAUCUGUUCUACAAAACAUAGAAAAUUCUCCCAUAACAAAAUAACUGAUUCUCAUUUUAGGUCUCAAUGCUUUCCCACAUACUCCUUGGUUUUUUAACUAACCAUGUUCUUAUUCUCUCCCUACCAACUAUAAUUUCAACCUCUUUUUUCUUAUGCUUUUAAGUGGCAUAAUGUUUUGUUUGAAGACUAGAAUCUGCCUUUCCAUUUUUCCCACAGAACAGAGAUAUGCUUGCAUUUAAUGCUAUUUUGUUUCAUACUUUGGUCAUAUUGGUAAGGCAAAGAAACAUUUUAAUGGCACUUAAUGCUUGGAAA